AUGGAGAAACUCUCCAUUUUGUGCUUUGGCGACUCCCUCACUUCAGGUUAUCAUCGCUACGGACUCGAGUAUCACUCAUACGCGAUCAAACUUACGGCUUUCCUCGAAGCUGAAUUCCCAACCACCAAAAUCCACCUCGAGGUGGACGGGCUUCCGGGCGAUGAGGUGAUACACCCUGCAGGCGAAUUCUUGCCUCGGAUACGAGAUCAAUACGAGUUCCGUGUGUUGGCUAAAGAAAUGAUCUUCUUUCUAAGUGACUUGGGAGUCGGACACAGAGUCGACCAGAUCUACCACGCCUUAGAAGACUGCUGGAAUGUGGCGCUUUCAAGUGGCGCAAAGGUUCUCGCUAUGACGGUACCUGAAUGUGCGGCCAAAGUUGACAGCCUGGAUAAAAAACGGAAUACUCUAAACUCUCACAUUCUGAGACGCGAGUCUGAGCAACUCCGUGUCAUUGAUUUACAUAGCAAGAUCCCCUAUCAUUCUGCCACGGAGGCCUUCCAGAGGGAGAUGUUUGAUGAUGGAUUGCAUCUUACCGCCAUGGGAUAUGACUUGAUGGGUACCGUUGUGGGAGAGCGCCUGGUGAACUUGAUCAAAGAGGAACAGGGUCUGAAGGGUGAAACCUAA